AUGGUAUAUGGGAGUCUUAGAACUAGCAACUCUGAUAACCCCUGGAAAUAUCUUUAUGAGGAUGUCUGCUGGGUCCUUUCUCAUUUAUAUAAUGUCAUAGUGGAGUUCUUUAUCCGUAACAGCAUUCUUGCAUUUCGCUUUUCCUCUGAAAGAGAUGAUGCACCAAUAAGUGAAGUUAAUUUGUCAUAUCUGAGGAACUGGAUCAGUGUAUUAACUCAGGCUAUUUUAUUUAUUAUUACGCUUCCAGUCGCUUUAUUCUAUCCUCUUUUGGCAUUGAGAGAUACCGGUGUCUCGAGAAUUCGGUUACCUACAUUAGAAACGGGAAAUGAAUACACUAAUGAAAAAUGGUUUUUCAUAAAUGGUGUGAUUGUAGAUAGAAAUUGGUUAGAUGAAAACUGCAAAUAUCUAGAGAAACGUUUUAAUAGGGGUGUUACGGGAAUUCAUAAUACAACUUAUGGUUUUUUGUGGGACUUUAUAGAAACAAUCCUUAUGAGAAGUUUUGAUAUUGACGUCGUGUCGGUACAUUUGGCUACACAAAAUAUUCUUCCAGCGCUCAAGAAUGAAAAAAUUGAAACUGUUAGGUUGAUUGCGCAUUCUGAAGGUACUGUCAUGGCAAAUUUAGCCAUAAGAAAACUAUAUAUGGAGUUGAGUUAUUCAGACGAGUCACAUUUACUUAAGAAACUCGAGGUAUACACAUUCGCUAAUGCAUGUAGAGAAUUCGAAAACCCAAAUGGCCUAAUCAAACGUAUUGAGCAUUAUGCAAAUAAACAAGAUCCAGUUGCUAUGAUAGGUGUUCUCAGUAAUAUUCACAACGACCGUUUUCAAGGGGAGAUUUUCGUUAACGAAACAAGGAAUAAUGGUAAAGGUCAUCUGUUAAAUGCGUACUAUAGCCUUAAUGCUAUUGAUUAUAGAUCUUGGAGAUCCGAUGACGCAGUUCCUACGUUUUUAAAUCUCCCAGGGUUUGUUGCCAAUCUACCUAUCGCUAUCUAG